UGUAAUAGAAAAAUUUAGUUCUAUAGAAAGUUUUUCAAACUAAGCUGCUAAAUAUUCGGAAGAGAAUUAUAGUCCAUCAAUACUUUACAUAUUAAGGAUGCAAUAAUAAUAUGGCCAAAACUCCAAAAAAAAUGAAGGGUGCUAAAAAUAAGGGUCGGCAAAAGAAAAAGCGGAAGCCUAUAAAUGCUAAACGUAAGACUCCUGCUAAUUACAAGAAACCCUGCAACGUUCGCAAACAAAUGAAACAAUCAGUAUCAAGUAAAACCGAUGUCGACUGGUGUCCCAAAAUAUUUGAAAUAUUUAUGCCUAAGCCCCCUAUGCAGAAAGCUGAUAAACACCUCACUAAGCAUUUUGUUUACACAUCCGUUACUACAAAGGGUAAAGGAAAAAAACGUAAACAAUAUUCAGAACGAGUAGUGUACCAGCAACCUAAACCAACUCUUGAACCAUGUAAGGAAGAAAGUACUGUGAAUAACAUCGGAAAUAUAAUUUUUCCGCUGGGUCCAUACCUCCCUCAACCAUGUGAAAUACCAGAAUCGAGUCCAACAAAUCGCCGCAAGAAACGUGCAAAGCAAAAGAAGCGUGCAGUGAAGAAGAAGGCAAUAUGCAAGGCUAAAAAAAAGCGCAAAUUAAAGGCAACUAACCAAAAAUUCCAGCAGCAACCCAUACUUAUGCAGGAGUCUAUGGAGUCUGAGCCAGAAACGGUUGACGUAUCCGAAACUGAGAUUGAACAGGACAGAAGUGUAUUUCCUCAAAUCUCAAACUAUGUUAAAAAAAAAUUUAACGGGUUUUUUAACAAUGUUUUAAACUUCAUAAAGGGUACGCCACAAUCUCCACCAGAACUUCCUGCACCUUUGGCACGUUUGUUGAAGAAGGAGUCAAAAAGCAUGAUACUUAACUCACAGUUUGUUUACAAACUUGUAUGUGAUUUGCCUUAUAAUAGUAAAGUUCUUGUUUUUGGGAGUAUGCCUUCGAAACCAUUUUCAAAUAUGUCCCAAACAGUACAAAUAAUUGAGAAUGUGGAUGAAAUAACGCAAAGUCAAGGUCAAUUUAAAAACUCAUCUGCAGAUAUGAUUGUUUUCAAUCACUCCUUACAUGGUUCGGAUUUUCAACAUCCUGUAUUAGAAGCGAACAGGAUUCUAAAAUUAGGGGGGCAAUUGGCACUCAUUGAUAUAUUUUGUGUUGAAGACAAUAGUAGUAAAUUUACUGAUGCAAUGGCCAAAGCCGGAUUUAAACUAAAAAGUCGCAACAUUGUCGAUAAAACAUCAUACGAAUAUGUCUUCAAAAAGACCCGCCGCGUCACCAACCUAGAGUAUAUAAAGCCUUUCUGUUUGACGGUGGCUAAAUACCGCAAAGUUUAACGGCAACAUAAUGUAGGAGUUCGCCACAAAUAAUACAAAUUCAAAAAGUUUUACAAAAUUCAGUGGUCAACAUUUCAAUAUU